GUAACAGAAUCCACUGUCGUGAAAGGAAGUCAUUGUGUCCGCGAGACUUAAAUACUGAAAAUAUGAUGCCAAAAGUGGCGAGCUAGGAAAUAAAAGUAUACUGUGGGUAAAUACGACAGAUUUUAGCCAUUUUAUUGUGGACUUAUAAAGUUAAGUAAUUAUGAAAAACCUCAGGCGUUUGAAUUGCUUAAUUUCCCGGAUCCUGCUUCCUGUCAGACGGAGUGAACCAAGAUAUUGUUCUAGUGUAACUAAUAGUGUAACAGCUACGAAUAAUUUUAAGACUCGGUUAUCUUCUGGUCCACGCUUCCAAGAUUUCACGGGAGAAGUUACAGGAGACUCAGACAAACACUGUUAUCUUUCGGCGGAGCUGGAAAUGGGUAACUCAAGGAAAGUGUAUUUUGAAACCUAUGGAUGUCAAAUGAAUGUUAAUGACACGGAGAUAGCAUGGUCUAUACUGCAGAGGAAAGGAUACCAACGCACAGCUAAUGUAAAUGAGGCCGAUGUUAUACUUCUGGUCACCUGCUCCAUAAGAGAGAAAGCUGAACAGACAAUUUGGAAUAGACUGCAGCAAAUCAAAGCCAUGAAGAAGAAGCGCCUAAAGUCACCAAUAAAAAUAGGCAUUUUAGGUUGCAUGGCAGAGAGGCUUAAGACAGAGCUUUUGGAGAGAGAAAAGUUGGUAGAUAUUCUCGCUGGUCCAGAUGCCUACAGAGACCUCCCCCGCCUCCUGACUGUGGCUGAUGGAGAUCAUCAGGCAUGUAAUGUGCUGCUGUCAUUGGAGGAGACCUAUGCAGACAUUAUGCCUGUCCACCGUGCUUCUUAUGGACAUAGUGCUUUCGUGUCUAUCAUGCGAGGCUGCGACAACAUGUGCAGUUACUGCAUUGUUCCCUUCACUCGAGGGAGAGAGAGAAGUAGACCUAUCAGCUCCAUUCUUGAGGAGAUUCGUAUGCUGUCUGACCAGUGUGUGUGUGUGUGCGUGUGUGCGUGUGCGUGCGCGUGCGUGCGUGCGUGCGUGCGUGUGGUCGCUGACCCUCAGGGUGUGAAGGAGGUGACAUUACUUGGUCAGAAUGUGAACAGCUACAGAGACACAUCAGAAGAACAGUUCUGUGACUCAGGCCUGACCAAGCUCAGCCGGGGCUUUAAGACAGUUUACCGAACCAAACAGGGAGGCAUGCGCUUUUCUGACCUGUUGGAUUCAGUGUCUUGCAUCGAUCCCAAUAUGAGGAUCAGGUUCAUGUCCCCUCAUCCCAAAGACUUCCCUGAUGAGGUUUUGCAUCUGAUCGCAGAGCGUUCCAACAUUUGUAAGCAUAUCCACCUUCCAGCACAAAGUGGGAGCAGUCAAAUUCUAACAAGAAUGCGACGUGGUUACACUAGAGAGACCUAUCUUGAUCUUGUGGACACUGUAAAAAAAAUCAUCCCAGAUGUGAGUCUCAGCAGUGACUUCAUAUCAGGUUUCUGUGGUGAGACGGAGGACGACCACCAGCAGACUCUGUCUCUGAUCAAGGAGGUGGGCUACAAUGUGGGGUUCCUUUUUGCCUACAGUAUGAGAAAGAAAACUCAUGCCUACCAUCGGCUACAAGAUGACGUGCCAGUGGAGGUGAAGCAGCGACGAUUGCAGGAGUGCAUAAUUGUGUUCAGAGAGGAAGCUCUGCGGGUCAAUUCUGCUCUCAUUAACAGCACACAGCUUGUUCUGGUGGAGGGAGAAAGUAAAAGAUCUGCCAAGGACCUGUGUGGGCGAACUGAUGGCAAUUUGAAGGUGAUUUUCCCCAAAGAGGAUGUCGCCCUACCUGCAGAGUCCACCUCUGCUCCAAUCAACGCUGGAGAUUACAUACUGGUGAAGAUUUUGUCAUCCAGCUCCCAGAGUCUGAGAGGCCGAGCCAUCAGUCACAGCUCUUUGAGAGGAACAGUGAAGUAAACUAUGACACUCUGCCCAGAAAAUACAUUGAUGACAAUGUAUAACACAAUAAUAAUGAGACAAUCACUAUUAAAAUCUGCCACUAAGUUAGAUACUGUAUAGCUUGUAAGAAAAGUGGUUCUUCAACUGCAGAGCUGUUGUAUAGACUAUUGUGAUGUGUGUAGGUACAUACUGAGGUAGAAGCUCAAACAUGUCGGAAUAAUAUGCUGAUAAGUAAAAUACAUUGUGUUUAAUACAGAA